UAAUGUGAGGACAAAAGAGGGUUUGUUAAAGAAACACACAUUCUGUUCCUCGUCACUGUCUCUUGAGGUUUCCAGUCAGAGAAAGACCCAACCUUUUUUUUUUCUUUUUUUUUUUCAUCUUUUCUGUUUUAAAAACCUUAAAAAUGAGAUUACUUGUGUUAAUUUAGUUGAAAAAAUUCCCCUUUCUGCUUUUGUAGCAUUAUACAAGCAAUAAAGGAAUGAGUCAAUUUUUUUAAAAAAUAUCCACUCGAUUUUCUUGUUAGAUUGUCAAUUUCUGUGCAAGCUUUUUUCCUAGAUUUGCAGUUAAUGAGAGAGAUUUCCUGUGGAUUUCAAGAUUUGACAUUUAUGGCCUCUCCUGAGAUGGGGUUUCACUAUUUGAAAGCUCCAUUGCAAAAUCUGAAAAGACCUUGGUUUUCUCCUCCAAUGGAAGAGGUAAGACCAAUAAAGUGGGAAAAUGAAGGCACUGAGAAUGAAGAAACUGGGAGAAAAAAUGGACAUAAAAAGAUAUGUGCCAGAGGCCAUUGGAGACCUCAUGAAGAUGCUAAGCUCAAAGAACUUGUUUCUCGAUAUGGUCCUCAAAACUGGAAUCUCAUUGCAGAAAAGCUUAAAGGAAGAUCAGGGAAAAGUUGCAGAUUGAGAUGGUUUAACCAGUUAGAUCCAAGAUUAAACAGAAGUAGUUUCACUGAUGAGGAGGAAGAAAGGCUUUUAGCUGCUCAUAGAAUGUAUGGUAACAAAUGGGCUAUGAUUGCUAGGUUAUUUCCUGGAAGAACUGAUAACGCAGUCAAGAAUCAUUGGCAUGUGAUAAUGGCAAGAAAAAAUAGAGAACAAAUGAGUGUUUAUAGAAGAAGAAAACCCUCUUGUUUAAUGGUCCAAACAAAGGGAUUUUCUUUAAAUAACAUACAAAAUAAUGCUUUCGGUGAAUCAACCAUGGUUAAUGACAAAGUUGUUGAUGAAUAUGCUGCCUCAACCUGCAUUGAUCUUUCCGUCACUCCUUCUUCUGUUAAAAUGCCUCAGUUUUUCAGCAGGUUUAUACCUGUCCAGCGGCACAAUAUCUUGGAAUCAAAGAUAGGUUUAACAAGAGAAGAAAAGGUGCUGGUUCAUAGUAAUGGUCAGUACUAUGACUAUGAGAAUGAGCCAACGGAAAAUGCUGCAGAAGUGGAUCAAACAGGUCACUCAGAUUCAAAUUCUGAUGUUACUGAAGCAUCUGAAUCAGUAGCCAACAAUAUGGCCAAUCUUUACAUGUUAGGGGAAAAUAAGAAUGCAAAAUUUGAGAACAACGCGUUCAUAGAUUUUCUUGGAGUGGGAGCCACUUGAGGAAUACACUGCAUGUACAGUAAAUUCCAUAAAUGGAAAGAAAUUACAGCAGUGAAAAAUCUUGAAAGAGUGGUUGUGGGGGUGGGGGGUGCGGGGGAAGAGGAUUCAGAGAAUCCAUGAGGAAUAUAAUCAUGACUUGCAAAAUAAUUCCUUUUGGAGUUAUGUUCUUGUCGAUUUUCUCUGUUAACUAAUGCAGUAAAAAACUGCUGCUUAUAUUAAGGAAAAGUAAUUUUUUUUUUCUCAUUUUUCUUUGUUGCCUACAAACACUGAAUAA